AUGCUGCGUUCCUUGCUUUCCUUCGGCCGUACAGACGCCAAUACCAACGACUAUCUCUUUCCUAAAGUGAAUCCUAAGGAGGACGGCGCUGAAUGUUUAAAGGACUGCGCCGACUGCACAGUGAAGUUUCCAUCAAAAGUCAAGGUCGACGAAUUUAGACCUCUAUAUGGCCAAAUCAAGGAAUUUCACGCCCAUGUUCUUGUGGCAACUGGAGAAUCCGACUGGAAGGAAAAGAAUGUCGAAGACGUGCCAGGAAGUUUGAUGGAAGCAUUCGAUGGAGCGAAAUCAGAGCAUGGCCGCAUUAAAGUCUCGGCAUCAAAUCUCACUCCUCCAGAACAACAAAUCACAGACGAAAGUCCCAACCAAGGCACGACAGUACUAAUUCUACCAUCAUUCACAUACAUCGACUCUGUCAAACAAACAGACGUUGCAGAACUAGUAAACAAAUAUAUCGACCACCCCACCGACCAGCAAAAUGAGAAUAUCACCAUCUCUCCCGCGAGUGGGAUGAGUGCCCGACCCUGUGAGCUUGACUACGUGAUAUUACUGUGCUCGCAUGGACGCCGAGAUGCGCGCUGCGGUAUUACCGCGCCUCUCAUUAAGCGUGAGCUGGAGCGACAUCUCCGUCCGCUGGGAUUAGACCGAGAUGCGGACGACUCCCGCGCUGGUGGGGCUGGCAUUUUCUUCGUGUCGCAUGUCGGUGGACACAAGUUCUCUGCGAAUGUUUUGAUCUAUCGCAAGAAGGAUCAGCAGAUGAUUUGGCUUGCGCGUGUACGACCUGAGCAUUGUGAGGGUAUUGUUAAGUACACUCUUCUGGAGGGGAAGGUUGUGCAUCCUGAGUCGCAGUUGAGGGGUGGGUUUGAUCGGGUGAAAGGGUUGACAAGUUGGUAG